CAAACCUUAUGAAGAAACAAACUCAUCUACAUUUGGGAUGACCAGAGGGUGAGGACGUUUUCAUUUUUGUCUGAUUUAUUUAUUUAACAUCAUAUAGUCUGGUGCACUGAAGACGUCCAUCUCUGCUUGUCAUAAGACACCUUCAUUGGUUCAGUUUAUAUUUAAAUGCAUUCAUUUUAUUGAUUCUUCUUUUUUUUUUACAGCGGUACUUUGUACCUCACACUUCAAAUGAUCGAGUUAUGCAUCCUGCUCAUCUCUACAUUUAUUAGUCCCUCAUACAAACAAAACUGAUGAAAGAGCUUUAUGAUUAAAGCCUCAGAAGACUGUAUGAUUAUAUCUGGUGUGUUCAAGUGUGUUCAGGUUCAUACCUCGAGUCUAUUGUUAAUAUCAUUACCAGAAACUGGCCACUUUGUGCUGCAGUGUUUUCAUUAUUGGUUUUUCUUCCUUUUUUUAUCGUUUGUUUGUCAGUCUGUAUAUUGAUGAACUGAUAAUUGUAUUAGAGCCAGCACAUCUGAAGAAGAGGUUUGUCAUAAAUACAUCUGAACAUAAAUGAACGAUGCACAUGAAAAUGCCUCUAGCUGAUUAAACAGAGCCUGAUGACGUCUCUGAGGUGGAGCAUGACCAAAGAUGAUGAAAACAAAAUCCUAAAAAUAAGACCAGUAACACUAGUUAAGAGCAUAAACACACUUUUCCCCUGACUUUUAACACCUGUAGCAAUCACAAAUGAAGGCGUUUAACAGCAGACUGGUUUUCUCUGCUAGUAGCUCAUCAGUAAUUCAUGCACACGCACAAACAGCCUGCGGUUUCUCAUUAAAACUGCAUGCGUAACCUAUUGGGUUACACACAUCUACAGGUUCACUUUAUGUGUCUGCAAUAACCCUCAUUAAUCUGCAUCAGUGCUACCUGUGAAAGACAAACCCACAGCACUCUUCAUACAAACAAACAAAUCAUCGACGAGUCGUUGUCCUGCAACAUUUUACAUGUGAAAUGACUGAGUACCACGACGUUUGAAUGGUUGCAGAUGGGGAAAGAUGCCGUCUACCAGCUGAAUGCUCUGUAACUAAUAAUGCGAGCGCAGUGAGCGUCUGUCAAGGGCACGAGUGACUGUUUACACUGCUAACACUACAGGCUAUGAGGCUCACAACACCUCGUGCAUUCAGCAAGCACACCAAAACACUGUCCUGUCAGCCGGCUCAGAGCAGAGCGUUUCCAGUGACACAAGAGUCCUGCCAUAGUAACCAAACAGGUGUGGCACCUACGCCAGGUGUGUCUGAUUAUCAUAUAGCAGAGCGAAGCAGCUCUCGGAGCAUUUACAGUCUGUCAGCAGCAGAGCAGAAGGGAAUCAGACUGCAUGAAAGCAGCCCGAUGAAUCAUGAACUGGGGAUUCCUGGAGAAUGUGUUAAGCGGGGUGAACAAGUACUCGACUGUCGUCGGACGGGUCUGGCUCUCCAUCCUCUUCGUGUUCCGCAUCCUGGUGUACGUCGCCGCCGCCGAGCAGGUGUGGAAGGACGAGUUCAAAGACUUCGUCUGCAACACACAGCAGCCGGGCUGCGAGCAGGUUUGCUUCGACCGCUUCUUCCCCAUCUCUCAAGUGCGGUUAUGGGCCAUUCAGCUGAUCAUGGUGUCCACCCCGUCGCUGCUGGUGGCUCUGCACGUGGCUUACAGGGAGCACAGAGAGAGCAAGUACAAGAGGAAGCUGUACCAGGACAAAGGCAGCAUCGACGGAGGGCUGUUCUUCACCUACAUCGUGAGUCUCAUCCUCAAGACGUCCUUCGAGGUGGCCACUCUGCUGGCUUUCUAUUUCCUGUACAGCGGCUUCCACAUUCCCCGCUGCUCCGGUUGUGAUGAGAGCCCCUGGCCCAACACGGUGGACUGCUACAUCGCAAAAGCCACCGAGAAGAAAAUCUUCCUUUAUAUCAUGGGCUGUAUGUCUAUACUGUGCAUUGCACUGAAUGUGGUGGAGAUGAUGUACAUCAUAUCGAAGCAGUGCUGGAAGUGCUUCAGUAAGAGGUACGCUCCUGUGCAUGAAAGACGGCCUCCAUCCACACUCACUCUCAGCUCACCGCCGCCGCUAGCCGUGUCUAAAGACGAAGGCCUUCAUUCUGCGCCGGCUGGAAAGGCAAGCCCAAAGCUUUCUGCUGCGUGAACGCUUGGGCGUUUUUUAAUGCAUGCUACACCAGUUCCUCUCCGCUGAUGGCUCGCAGACACCAAGGAAUCACAAGAACAAAUGCAAAUAACAAACUAGUCACGUAGAGCUAUGUUAGCAUAACAAACAAAAGUAUGAACUUUCAAAGGGGAAGAGAAAACACUUCUCAAAUCUUUUGUUUGAACUGUAUUCCGGGCAGAAAUUCUUGCUAUUUGAGUAGCAUCUAGUCAAAUUAGAUGUCAGCAUGCCCUCAUACUCACAAACCAUCAACAAGGAUGACAAAAUACAGCCCAGAUUACAUUAAACACAGGUUCAUUUGAAAUGAGGGAAAGUAUGUCUUGUGCGGGGAACAUUAAACUACUGACUAUUAUCAACUAUUGAAACCAAACCUGUCAAUUUUAUUAAGACUGUCAUAUCAUGUAGCAUAUUGUUGGGCCUGCAAAGUUUAUGGUCAUAUUAUUAUAUUUAUUUUUGUAUGAUAAAUAAUUGUGGUACUGUCCAAUUACAGAACAAGAUGAAACUGUAAAAAUAUGAAAAAAUACCUUUCUUUAGAUAAAUCUUUAAUUACAUUGCAGACCCUUAACCCACCCUUACUUAAUCACGCCCCUAACCCUAUCCCUCCUCAAGCAGCUUAAGUGAUUUGCAAUACAAUGAACGCAAGUACAUCAUACCAAACUAUUCAUUACUUUAGAUGUAAGUACACAGUAGUUAAAACAUCUAAUAUAAAGUGGAACCAACUGUAUUUAGGAGGACUGUUUCUUUUACAUCUUGAAAAUAAAUAUCCUUGUCGGAUAAUCAUGGUGGAUCAGUGCGUUAUUAAACAUUAAGUGGCUUGAGAAAGAAAGAAAAACUAAAUGCCUCAACUUUAAAAGCACCUACCACUAUAGACUGACAUACACUAUAUGGACAAAAGUAUUGGGACCCCUCCUUCUAAUGAACAGGUUUGACUGCUUUAGUAAUUUCUAUGAGUACAAAUAUUAAUGUUUAACCAUAUAAUGAUAUUCUAGGGAAUUGUGUGCUUCUAGUUUUAUAGCAACAGUUUGAACAGGACCCUUUUCUAUUCUAGCAUGACAAUACCUCUGUGUGUAAGGCAAGGUUCAAAAAGAAAUGAUUGAUUGAGUCAGUGUGGGAGAACUUGACGGGUCUGGUGUGACUUUAAAUGCAGACCUUGAGCCAGAAACUCAUCAC